UCUCCACCGGACAAAACAAUCGAGAAAGAGCUCUCAGCUCAUCUCGCCAUCAUCUCUGAUCUCCGAUCCGUCGAUUCUCCUCCUCCUCUGAAGCUGUUUUCUCCUCUCAUCGGCUCUCCGAUCCUCCUCCUCCUCCCUAUCGAGAAAGAGCUCUCAGCUCAUCUCGCUGGAAGCUUAUCUCCGAUUUUCAAUUCGGCGAUUCCGCUCCUCCUCCUAAGCCGUUUUCUGCGAACAGAUUAUUCCGAAGCCGUUUUCUCCUCUCGCCAGCUCUCCGCUUAUCGAUUGCUACCGCAAUCCAUCUAUUUCUUAUGGAGAAGGCGCAUACUCUUCGACAAGAAGGUUCUUUUGAUAAUGAACAGAUCUUUCAGAAGGUACAUGGGCCAGAGCAUCCUGGGAGGGUUCCUUGUGCUGGUUUGGGACCAACGCCCUCGACUUAUUUGGGUCCUUCUUCUUAGUCAGCUUCAAUAAAUUCUACCACGACAUCAAACUCUAAUGAGGUAGACGCUCUACGAAGUGAAGUGAUUGAACUGAGAAAUGAACUGAUGGAAGCAAAAAGUGAGGUAGUUGAACUGAGAAG